AAACACCACCGCCUCCGUCACCACCACCACGCGACCCCCCGCCCCCGCCUGCCCACCACCCCUUCGCUGCCACCAUGGCGCUCAACAACUCGAGCGGCGCCACGAGCAUCGCCCGCGUCUAUGCCGAUGUCAACGCAAACAUGCCCCGCUCCUACUGGGACUACGACUCGGUCAACAUCUCGUGGGGCGUGCUGGAAAACUACGAGGUCGUCCGCAAGAUCGGCCGCGGAAAGUACUCCGAGGUCUUUGAGGGCAUCAACGUCGUCAACUACCAGAAAUGCGUCAUCAAGGUCCUCAAGCCCGUUAAGAAGAAGAAGAUCAAGCGUGAAAUCAAGAUUCUGCAAAAUCUGUCGGGCGGCCCCAACAUUGUCUCGCUGCUCGACGUGGUGCGCGACAACCAGAGCAAAACCCCUUCGCUCAUAUUCGAAUAUGUCAACAACACCGACUUCCGCAGUCUGUACCCCAAGUUCCAGGACUUUGAUGUGCGCUUCUACAUCUUCGAGCUGCUCAAGGCCCUCGACUUCUGCCACAGCAAGGGCAUCAUGCACCGCGAUGUCAAGCCUCACAACGUCAUGAUUGACCACGAGAAGCGAAAGUUGCGCCUGAUUGACUGGGGUCUGGCCGAGUUCUACCAUGCAGGAACAGAGUACAACGUCCGCGUUGCGUCGCGUUACUUCAAGGGUCCCGAGCUGCUAGUCGACUUCCAGGAGUACGACUACUCGCUCGACAUGUGGUCGCUGGGCGCCAUGUUUGCCUCGAUGAUCUUUAGGCGAGAGCCCUUUUUCCACGGCAACAGCAACUCGGACCAGCUGGUCAAGAUUGCAAAGGUCCUUGGCACCGAGGACCUCUUCGACUACCUCGACAAGUACGACAUUGAGCUGGAUGCCCAGUACGACGACAUACUCAGUCGGUAUCCCAAGAAGCCCUGGCACUCGUUCAUCAAUGCCGAGAACCAGCGCUUUGUCAGCAACGAUGCCAUUGACUUCCUUGACAAGUUGCUACGAUAUGACCACCAGGAACGACUCACUGCCCAAGAGGCCAUGUCGCAUCCUUACUUUGCUCCUGUCCGACAAGCUGCGCAGCAGAACAGCACCGCAGCAUGAUUGAGAUACCCAAUUCACGUGAUGAAAUGUUAUGUAAUGGCAUAAAAGCACAGGCGCCCAACCCUUUACUCAAAUCAGAGCAUUCUCCUUGCAGUCACGCUCUGAGCGUGGCGGACUAUCUGGCGUGCCGGCGUGCACACGGGGCAUGAACAACGGAGCGAUAUAUAUGCAGGGCAAAAGACGGGGGGGUACUGUUCUUGGAUAGGCCAUGAGAGAACGGCAGCGGGCCAGCGCAGGCGUAUUUUUGCGACCAACGCUCUAGGGCUGACGGUCAGAAUAAUGCAUAGCCAAGGUGUUAGUGGGCUUGUACAAAUGUCCAACGGAGUGAGUCCUCUUUCUCGAAUGUUAUCAAUGAAUAUGGUAUUAUGAUGU